AAUUCUGCAAGUGGUUCUGAUUUACUAUCACUGUUCUCUAGCUGGUCUAAAACCGCUUUUGACCUAAAGGGACGCUUUUUGGACGCCAUGGACGUUUCUCAGUUUCCAGGCAGAAAUAACAGUAAAAAUGCAGGCAGGGCACAGGACAAAGCACUAGGGGCAAAAUGUAUGUGAAAUGGUUUGAUACAUGAAUGUCACUUUUUGUCAUUUUCAAAUUUCCUGCCGUUCCGUCCCCGUACGUCUCGACGCUUGCAGGGGACAGAACCCAGAAGACAGAUGCUGGCAUCCGCCGGAUUACAUUGCCGGGGACACUGCAGGAGGGACAU